UAUAAAGGUAAUUUUACAAGUUAGAGAGCUAAAAUGACUUCGGUAUGAAAAUUUAAAGUGGCAAUCUAGAAGAAAAAUAAAUUCACAGUGCAAACAAUAUAAAAGUUCAUUAUGCUUACAUAUUUUUAUAAAUUCCAUAAGUGUGAUUCACGAAAUUCAAUCAUAUAAAAAAAUAUCUAAGGAGUGACUAAAGUGACAGAUUGACGCUUAAAUUUUAUUAGCUUUCACAGAAAAUAAAUGAAAAUGAGAAGUGUAUAAACAUAGUAAGAUUAGGGAUACAGACAAUAAAGAAAGAAAUUGAGAUACCCUCAACUUGUUGAAAAAGUUACAAAGCAAAAAUGCCUGGCUUAAUAGCAAUUUCCGACUUUGUAGAAGAAACUAGAGAAGAUUAUAAUUCCCCGACAACCUCAACUUUUGUUUCUAGAAUGCCACAAUGUCGUCAAACAAUCAAUACAUUAGAAGAUAGAUUAGAAUCGGAUAGAGAAGGAUUAACUAAACUAAAAAAGGCAAUCAAAGCUGUCCACCAUUCUGGCAACACUCAUGUUGAUAAUGAGAUGUGUUUAGUUCGGGCACUGGAGAGACUAGGAAGCAUAGCCCUGAGCCAGGAGGAACCAGAUAUAGGUGCUGCGUUUUUAAAAUUUUCGGUUGUUACAAAAGAAUUAAGCGCAUUGAUGAAAACUUUGAUGCAAAAUAUCAAUAACAUAGUGAUGUUUCCUGUGGAUACAAUUUUGAAAUCUGAAUUACGUGGAGUUAAAGGAGAAAUGAAAAGACCCUUCGAGAAAGCAGCCAAAGAUUACGAAUCUAAAUUUAUGAAAAUAGAGAAGGAAAAAAAAGCUCAAGCAAAAGAAGUAGGGAUGGUAAGAACCGAAAUUAAUCCUGCUGAGAUAGCCGAAGAAAUGGAAAAAGAACGAAAAAUUUACCAGUUGCAAACUUGUGAGUAUUUAAUUAAAUACAAAGAGGUCAAAACUAAAACUGGAAUCGAAUUAUUGCAGCAUUUUAUUGAGUAUUAUCAUGCGCUUAAUAACUAUUUUAAGGAUGGAUUGAAGACUAUAGCACACUUUGGAACAUAUAUUGACGACCUUAGCGUAAAACUGCAAUCAAUAAAACAAAAUCAAGAUGAUGACAAAAAGAAGCUUCUUGAAUUAAAAACUUUAUUGCGAAGUACGCCUGAUUUUGAACGAGUCGAAAAUGUUAUUACUGACAAAGGCACUGCCUAUUCUUUGCAUCAAUUGCAAGGAGAUAAACAUCACGGUAUUACAAGAUCCGGCCAUUUAUUGAAAAAAAGUGAAGGAAAGGUGAGAAGAGUUUGGCAAAAGCGUAGGUGUCGGGUUACAGCCGAUGGAUUUUUAGAUAUUUGUCAUGCAGAUGAAACGAAACCACCAACACGAGUAAAUCUGUUAACCUGUCAGAUAAAACCAGUGCCAGAUGAUAAAAGGGGAUUUGAUUUAAUAAGCUAUAACCGUCCAUAUCAUUUUCAAGCAGAAGAUGAAGCAGAUCAAAAGGCAUGGAUGGCUGUUUUAGUUAACUGUAAGGAAAAAGCUUUAACCAAGGCAUUUCAACAUGCAAAUCCUCAAAUGUCACCGAGUUUGGUAGAAUUGCAAAAAACUGUAAUAAGAUAUGUUCAAAAUCUUCCUGGUAACGAUCAAUGUUGCGACUGCGGAUCUAAAAAUGAUGUAACAUGGAUAAGUUUGAAUUUUGGUAUUCUUGUUUGUAUACAAUGUUCUGGUGUGCAUCGCGAUUUAGGAGUUCAUCACUCACGAAUACAAAGUUUAACGUUAGAUAACUUGACAACAGCUAAUUUACUAAUUGCUAGAGCAAUGGGAAAUCAUACGUUAAAUGAAAUUAUGGAGGCCACUUUAGGAAAAAUAAAACUACGACCUGACAGCUCAAUGGAAGAGCGCUACGAUUUUAUAAGAGCAAAGUAUGUUGCGAAGAGGUACGUUAUGCGAACUUGUGCUGACGAUAAUGAUUUAAGAUGUGAUUUAGAACAAGCUGUCAUAAAUGCAGAUUUGAGUCAACUGUUGCAGGUGUGGGCUGAAGGUGCUGAUUUAACAUGCACAUUGCCAUCAUCAGAUGCUGGCGAAACAGCAUUACAUUUAGCUAUUUUACGUGAAGUUGGUUCAACUUUGCAUAUAGUGGAUUUCUUAAUACAAAAUAUGUCAACACAAGGUUUAAAUAAAGCUACAAACCCACCUGGUCCGCUAGACGUUACUGGUAAAAACACAGCUAUGCACUUGUGUGCUCUGCAUGAUAGAAGAGAGUGUUUAAAAUUACUCUUGCGUUCUGGUGCCGAUUAUGAAAUCAAAAAUAGUCAUAAUAAAACUCCUUUAGAAAUUGCCAAAGAAGUAGGAAAUAAUGCUUGUGUAGAAUUGAUUGAAUGCGCUAUUAGAAGAGAAAAGAGCGCUUUUGAUCAUAUUAAUACUGAUUGGAAUCUUCCAAAUGACGAUGGAUCUACUGAUUUUUCAGAUGAUGAUACUGUAGUGGAUGAAAAAAAAUCAAGAUCACGUCCACCUAGUUUUGCUGGUGGGGAUUCACCAAUACUCCGCUCACGUUCGUCAACAUGUGAUUCCAUUCAAAGCGGUUCUAGUCCUAGUUCAAGUUGUCCAUCUAGUAGACAUUUUAAUUUAACUUCAAACAUGCCAUACAGCAUACAAAGUGGUACUAGUCCUAAACAACAUAUGUCUGUCGGACCAUAUGUUACUGGUGGGAGUGGGUCGAGUCCUAGUUCAGCUUCCGGAAGCAUAAAAUUGAUUUCGGGCGGCUCCUUAAACCAGGGAACAAGAAAGUCGACAUCGACUGCAAAUAUGAAUUCCUUAAAAAAAAGAACGGCACCUGCCCCACCAUCUACUAAUACAAUAAUUUAUGGAACAUUACCACAUGCACCAAGAAAUUCACAGAAUUUUGAUAGUAAUGAUAUCAGAACAAGUAAUCAUAAAAAUCCAACGGAAAAUUAUAGUACAUUACCUCAUUUAAGAACUUUUGAUUCAUCAUCGAGAAAUAGUGUGGGAGGCGGGGUCAAUAAUUCAACAUAUUAUUGUGAUAACAAACCAUUCGAAAGAUUUGAUCCUUUAUUAAUAGCUAAUCAACAAUUAAAAUUUGAAAAACAAGAUACUAUACUACCCAUGACAACCUUUGGUCAUAAAAGAUCUCCAAGCGGUGAAUCACUAAAUCGUAACAUUCAUCUAGCUGGAGCAAAACUAGUUUUACCUCCUGCUAGCGAGAUGCCUAGUUUGAAACCCGUAGAUAAAAGCAUGCCAAGACCUAAGAUUCCUCCACCAGGUCCUCCACCUGACAAAGAGAUUUCAAAUGCACAAUCAAACGAAAGUAUUAGUUCCUUAGAUGAGGGACCGAUCGCUCCGCCUCGAAAGCGUAAAAUAGAACGAUUGCUGAGAGCAAUGGCGGCUAAAAAUUUGUUAUUAAAUCAAUCAGCUAACUACUCAGAUUAUGAAACGUGGAAUGUUGAUAGUAACUCAUCAAACCCUUUAGAUAUAUCUGUCGAAUCAAAUGCUUCAUCAGACGAAAUUUUAAAUACCAAAGUUAAACAAUUCAAUAAUUACUCUGGAUUACGAAGAUGUAGAGCGUUAUACGAUUGCAAUGCAGACAAUGAUGAUGAAUUAGAAUUCAAAGAAGGUGAAAUACUAAUAGUUUUAAAUGAAAGAACUGAUGAUGAAAAUUGGAUGGAGGGUGUUAUCGAAGGUAGCCCUCAUCGUCGUGGAAUGUUUCCUGUUAGUUUUGUUCAUAUGCUUCCGGAUUAAAUUUAGCAUUGUAAAAUUUUUAUGUUGUAUAAAUUUAUACAUAAUUUAUUUAAAAUGUUUAUUUUUUUAAUUA